GAGAUAUUGUUAUCAUUAAAAUCGAUUACUUUACUCCUGUACUCCAUUUGGCUACCUUUUAAUUUUCUAUCAACUUUCAGUUUCAGCAGAGGGAAAAGAAAUCCAGUCAAAUCUCGGGAAAAAAGCCCUAGAAUUUCUUCGAUCUCUCUCUCAUGGCCUCCAAUCCUAGCUCUGGGGUUCCCAAGGGUCCACAAGAAUCAGAAGAUCUACAGAGCACUGCUGAUAUGACUGCAUUUGUUCAAAAUCUCCUACUGCAGAUGCAAUCCAGGUUCCAAGCCAUGUCUGAGAACAUUGUUUCAAAGAUAGAUGAGAUGGGAAGCAGGAUAGAUGAACUGGAACAGAGCAUCAAUGACCUCAAAUCUGAGAUGGGAGCAGAUACUACACCAGCAAAGGCAAAGCCUGAUGAAACCAAUACCGGGUCUGCUGAGUGAAUGUAUGUUGAGAGGAAUUCUAUUUGAGCAGUAUAUGUUUUUAUAGACACUUAAAUUGACUUGUUUUUUUGGUCAAUACUGCUACGAUAGUUCGACAAGAUUCUUUGUUGUGAGUGGUCUGUGAUUGUUGUGGGGGUUCUUCGUAUUUCUUCUGUCCUGUGUUUUGUUUUCCUUUCCACAAUUUUUAGUCGAAGUAAAACUGUGCUUGCAUUUUCUAUGUUGUUUAAGGUGUACAUUACUUGAAUUUGAGACGCAUUUCUACUUUGGAGCCUGAAA